AUGAAUAAACCUGGUUCAGACAAUGAGGGUCAGGGUGAUUUAGUGCAGGAGCUAACAACCGAGGACCUGCUGAAAGAGACAAAGAAAAAUGGCAGGAACUUCUGGUUUAAAUUGAAAACGGACCAACAUUUCCGAAGUAAAUUCCUACUGACAAUAGCAUACAUUGCCUCUUUUCUUACAUUAGGAUGGGGCGAGGGACAGUUCGGACCAACAUUUCCAGAUCUGCUACAUAUCACCAACACAAAACUGGAGAAAGGUUCCCUAUUCUUUACCAUGAAUACAGUAGGGUACCUCCUGGGGUCAAUUGUGAAUGGUUUCCUGUUUGACAAGCGUCUCCUGGAUAGAAACCUUUUGAUGUUUCUGAUCAUCGCCGGAUAUGGCGUCAUCCUUGCUGUCAUACCGUGGUGUGAAAUAUAUACAGUUAUGGUCAUCGUAUUCAUUAUAAAAGGGUCCUUUGCUGGGGGCCUGGAUACAUGCGGUAAUGCAGGACUACUAACUACAUGGGGCAAUGAAGGAAAUAUCUACUUUAGUGCAUUACAUUUUGCAUUUGCUGUUGGUGGAAUCCUAUCUCCUUUGAUAACUGCUCCUUACGUUAUGCCGCCCAGUGAUAACGUUCCCGUAAUGAAUCUCACAACAAGCACUGUCAAUUCUUCAGACAUUUCAAAUUUUACCAUUGGAAGGAAUGGAAGUAGUUACAACGUAACUAAACUGAUGGAAACUUCUGAAUCAAUGAUUUAUAUACCAUAUACUGUGACUGCAGGACUUUGUGUUAUGACCUCACUUCCGUUUUUAAUUUUUUGUGGUAUCUCUCUCCAGAAAAGACUUGACAGGGACACCUCGAAAGAACAAGAAGGAAAGAUUAAAAAGAAAUCAGCUCGACGUCUCCGAAUCACUGGUCUCAUAAUUAUUCUUUUUUACAUAGCCGUGUAUGUAGCUAUUGAUAAAUCAUUUACAGGAUUCUUGACGUCAUUUGUUACGUCACAGUUGAACUGGACAAAUGCUGACGGAAGUUAUCUCACUUCUGGAUACUGGACUUCAUUUUCUGUUGGACGCUUCCUUGGGAUUUUCCUAGUGCAAUGCGUUCGCCCGGCGAAAAUGCUAUUUUCAUUCAAUUUGAUGCUACUGAUAUCUCUUCUUGGCUUUCUACUGACGUCACUAUAUGACGUCAUUUAUGGUGUAUGGCUAUUUACUCUACUUAUUGGUUUUUCUUUGUCCAUCACUUUCCCAGUGGUGGUUAUGUGGACGGAACAAAAAUUUCUUCGGGUCAAUGGAAAAGUGGCUUCUAUGUUUCUGGUGGCUGCGUCCAUUGGUUUUAUUGUGAACCCUCCAUUCCUUGGGGGUUUAAUGGAGACUUACACCUCAAUGUGGUAUUGUUAUCUGUUAUUGGGGGAAUCAGUUUGCCUAUAUGUCCUUUACUGCACAGAUGUUUAUAUUUCACGAAAGAUCGCAUCAAGACAAACCCCCGCAGCAGACCAGGAACUUUCUGUUUUACCGGGAACGUAAUUCAGCUAUUUUCCUUGUUUCUAGAUGUUAAGAAAAAGUCCGUGUGGGAAAAGUAGGUUUUAUCGGCAAAGGAAAUGGAAACCACGCAGCAAUCUUAACAUAUGGCAUACAUUUACAAAUAUUCAUGUUUCGCUAUGUUCCACACAAAAACGUUCUAAUUUGCUGCUUGUUAAAUGGAGACAUUUCAAUGAUAUUAUUACAAUCUAGUGUUUUUUGAAAAAAUAUAUAUUUGCACAUUAAGUUAUUAGUAAGUAGUUAACUAAUUAAAAAGGUUAACCACAGGAAAUCAAACUACAUGUA